AUGAAAUUCGCAGCUUCUCUGGGCGCGCUGCUCGUCAACCUCUCACUGUGGAUGCUUUCCCUUGCAGCUGAGGACAGAUCUCCUGAGCGGGUAUGCUACGACGCGUGUUUCGCGUGCCUAAAGCCCGUGCAUUUCGACGACGUGCUCCGGAACCAAACGGGUUUUACCAAGACUUGCUACAGUCCCAAAGCGAUUUUAUCGCUGUAUCUAUGCCUCGAUGUGUAUUGUACGCCUGGAGCGGUAGAAGUAGGGCUGGGGUCGUACAAUGAGACGUGUCGGGAGAAGGCGCAUCUUGUUUUACCGCCGUUUGACGUGAUUUCGAAUUAUACCGCUGAGGAUGUCAAGGGGGUGAGAAGAUUUGAGCAGAAUGAGACGGAUGAGGGGGUUUCGUUUAGAGAGGUUGUCGUGCCUUCUGUGCAUUGGUUUGGAAUCUGGUGGGAUACUUUGGACUCUGUGGCGUAUACGUACACUUACCAUGAUGUCUACGGGCGCGCCAUGAUUACAUUUUGGAUAGUCGUAGUAGCCAUCGGCGUCUUGAAUCAUGCAAUUCUCCAUAUCGCCAAUCUACAAAUGGUCCGCAAUUACUCUUCAAGAUCAGGCGGGAGACUUGAGAACUUUUACAACUGGGCACUCAAUCGCAUAACAGUCCCAGCGUUUAUGGGAGAUCGAUGCGCGCAGAAAGUCGGCUGGGGAACUGUCCCUCCCCAGAUACAGUCUUGGACUCUUCUUGCUUUCCUCCUUCUCAAUAUCGCCUUGAGCAUCCUUGGAUACAGGAUCGUACCAGUAAAUAUGUACUUUCCAUCGACGGCGAAACAGCUCCUUCGUUAUGUCUCAGAUCGCACGGGGAUUAUAUCUUGGGCCAACUUCCCAGUUAUCUGGUUAUUUGGAAUGAGGAAUAAUCUCCUUAUGUGGCUAACUGGUUGGGAUUUUGGAACAUAUAACAACUUUCACCGCUGGGUUGCGCGAAUUGCAACUCUCCAAGCCGUCGUUCACUCUAUUGGGUAUACUUGGUUGAUCGUCUUAGAGGGAGGGUGGGAGUACUAUCUAUUCUGGUGGAACUACAUGUUCUGGUGGGUUGGCGAAGUGGCAACGAUCGUCAUGUCUCUUCUCGUCGGAGCAUCCUUUUACUGGAUUCGACGUCAGCAGUACGAACUAUUCUUGGUCGUACACAUCAUCAUGUCAAUCAUCCUCCUCAUCACAAUGCUUGCCCACGUCUCCAUCUUCCAAGGCGAAUACGACGUGUUCUUCUGGGUCCCCUGCUUUAUCUGGGUAGGCGACCGCGUCAUCCGCGCUCUUCGAAUAGCAGCCUUCAACCCGAAGCUCUGGGAUACCUGGGCCACUUCCAUUUACCAUCCAUCCUCCAACAUUGUCAGACUUGUCGUUCCGUGGUCAAGUAGUCUAUACAAACCAGCACCGGGAACAUUCUACUACAUCCAUGUUCUCAACGGACCUCGUUGCUGGGAAAGUCACCCCUUUACCGUGGCGAUGGUCACAGAUGAAGGAAAACGGGGUUCAAAGCUACUUGGCGAACAGGUUCCUCUCCUUGACGGCACUGUCGCUGAGCAAAGUUCCGAUCCCGCUGACUCACAGGAUAUACUCAGCGACUCUCGCACAAUGACGUUCUUGAUCCGUCCCUAUGACGGCUUCACCUCCAGACUCCGCGACGCCGCAUCGGCAGUCUGGCCUAAAAACGUCCCUCAGCGCGUCCUUAUUGACGGACCAUACGGACACACUCGUCCCUUCCAUCUCUUCGACAACGUAACUUUCAUCGUCGGAGGCAGCGGCAUCGUCGUUCCCCUAUCAUAUCUUCAACGCCUCACCGGCCCAACAGCCCCUCGAUCCGUGAAAAUACACUGGGCUGUUCGAGAACCCUCUUUUGCGCUUGAUGUUCUACAAACAGACAUUGCUGACGCUUUGGGGAGCACGAACCUCAGCGUUGAUAUUUAUCUCACGACGCAUACGGCUCAAGAUGAGCUAAGUGAGUGGCCGUCGCAGGUUACCUUACGAAGAGGAAGGAUAGAUGCUUCGGAUGUAGUGAGAAAGAGAAGUGAAGAGGUGGUGGGCGAGAGUCUUGCGAUUAUUGCUUGUGGACCGGCGCAGAUGGCGGAUGAUGCGAGAAAGACAGUUGCCGAUCUGUUACGAAAUGGAGUUAUGAGGGUAGAGUAUUUUGAAGAGAGCUUUCAGUGGUGA